UAUGUCAAUCUGCAAAAUAAAAAAAAUAAAAAAAAGAAGAAGUUGAAUUAAGCAGCAGCAGCAGCGCAAAAAGGAGAAAGAAGAAGAAAAACUCAACCCCUCUCAAACAAACAAACCCUUGAAACCUCUCUUUCUCUCUCCUAUCUCUUCAUCCACUCUCCCCAUUUCUCGAGGAGAGAGAGAAACGAAAUUGUUGUUGUUCGUCACUUUUUGGAAUCAUCACAGUUGCAUCGCCGAAAUUUGAGAAUUGUUAGGGUUUUUGUCCAAUCGAUUUCUUUCUCGUACUCUAAUGGAAGCUUGAUUCGAGCGACGAAGCAUGCAAUUCUGAAAUUUUAGCUUCUCGAAGGUUUUAGCGGAAAAGCUAGGGUUUAAUUCUCGAUUUCGUUUGUUCAAUUUCAUUUUUGGUGUUGCUGGUUCUUGUGUGAGAAUUGGAGUGAGUUUUUGUUGGAAAUUGUUUCGAUCUUUGGAUGGAUUCGCGAGAUUUGAGUUCAUCUUCUUCGAUGAAUGUGGCUAGAGAAGGCUCGGAUGACGACGGUGUUCUUUCGGUCACUGCUUUGCUCGCUAAGGAAGCUUUCGUCUUGUUUCAAUCUGAUAAGUUUUCGGAAUGUGUUGAUGUACUCAAUCAAUUGUUGCAGAAGAAGGAAGGUGAUCCUAAGAUUUCGCAUAAUAUUGCGGUUGCAGAAUUUUUGCGUGAUGGAUGUUCAGAUCCUAAAAAAUUGGUUGAAGUCCUUGUCAAUGUUAAGAGAAAGAGUGAAGACCUUGCACGUGCAUCCAGAGAGCAAACAGAUGCUGCUUCCCAGGCUUCUAAUAAAGCCAUUUCAGGAGCCAAAGGAACUAAUAAUUUGGCGAACACCAGUACAGUUUUCACAGACGAAUUUGAUGCAUCUGUGGCGGCGCUAAACAUAGCAACUGUCCUCUUUCAUCUUCAUGAAUAUUCAAAGGCAUUGUCAGUUUUGGAGCCACUGUUUCAAAAUAUUGAACCUAUAGAUGAGACUACAGCUCUUCAUGUUUGUCUCUUGCUGCUGGACGUUGCCUUUGUGACUCAAGAGGCAUCUAAAUUUUCGGAUGUAAUAAGCUAUCUUGAAAAGGCUUUUGGAGUAAGUUAUAUGCUCAAUCAAGCUGAUGGUGGAAGCACAGGGCAGCAACAAACUUCAAACUUUGUAGUGAAGUCCUCAUCAAUUCCCAACAAUUCAUCAGCCUCUGAUGACUUCAAUCCUGAGGGGACUGCUGCUGGAAAUACCUCAGAAGGUUCCUUAGCAAGAACAUUAUCAGAAGAAACGAUUGAGUACGAGACCUUGCUAUCAACACUCGAUAUCAGCGGGCAGAAUAUAUCCAGGGCAUCUCAUCUUUCAACAUCAAAUGAUCUCUUAAGGACACCAGCUGAUCGGUCUACACCCACCGUUAAUUUGAGGCUGCAGUUGCCCCUUUACAAGAUACAGUUUUUGCUUCUCGCCAGAAAUCUGAAGGCAGCUAAACGUGAAGUAAAGCUGGCAAUGAACAUUGCACGUGGCAUAGAUUCUUCUAGGGCUCUGCUACUGAAGUCGCAGCUUGAAUAUGCCCGUGGGAACUACCCUAAAGCGUUCAAGCUUUUGAUAGCAUCAAAUAGCCAAUCAGAUGUUGGAAGUUCAAUCAUAAUCAACAAUAACACUGGGUGUAUCUAUUAUCAACAGGGAAAUCGCAACACAUCAAGCAUAUUCUUCCACAAGGCCCUAAGCAAUUGUUCAUCGAUUUGGAAGGAAAAGCCACGGAAGCUAGCCACAUUUUCUCAAGACAAAGCUUUGCUCAUAGCAUAUAAUUGUGGUGUGCAAUACUUAUCGUGUGGCAAACCUGUUUUUGCUGCUCGUUUUUUUCUGAAAGCCAGUUUGGUUUUCUACCACAGGCCUCUGCUGUGGCUGCGACUCGCAGAAUGCUGCCUAAUGGCUUUGGAGAAGGGACUCUUGCUUGCUGAGACUCCUAGACAUGAGUCACAGUGUAAGGUCCAAGUUAUUGGUCAAGGAAAAUGGAGACAUCUUGCCUUUGGGAAUGGUUCCGUAAGUUCUUAUGACAAGGAGGAUUCUAGUGUUGACAAAAAUAUCAAACCAAAACUAUCUGUGUCAUUUGCCCGACAGUGUCUUCUUAAUGCCCUUCACUUGCUAGGCAAUUCUGAGUUGAAGCUUACCAAUUCUGGCUCUUUGACAAAAUCUUGUUUGGAGGAAAAUGAAUUUACUGAUGCAGCAUCAAAGAACAAGAAUUUGGGAAGCAAUGAUACGAAGUCUAAAGACACAGCAGGUGCAGGUCAAGUGAGUGCAAAUGGGGAUGUGAGAGAACACAGAGGCGGAGCUCAUUCUAAUACAGCUGCAGCAAACACCCUCUCUGAUUACGAGGAGAUAUGUAAAAGAGAAAACCAGAAGAUGAAGCAGGCGAUUCUUGUUGAUUUGGCAUUCGUUGAGCUUGAACUAGGAAAUCCGCUCAAUGCGCUGUCUACAGCUCUAACCCUCCUGAAUUUACCAGAAUGUUCAAGAAUGAAUGCCUUUUUGGGGCAUGUUUAUGCAGCUGAGGCCCUUUGCUUGCUGAACAAACCCAAAGAAGCUGCAGAACAUAUCUCUAGUUAUUUGACCGGUGGGAAUAUGGAAUUGCCUUACAGUGAAGAAGAUUGUCGACAGUGGCAGGCAAAGAAAACUCUGGAUGCUGAGGAUUCAAACAGGGUUUCUGCAUAUGAGGGGCAACAAGAUAACGUGUUUCUCUCCCCAGAGGAAGCUCGAGGAGCACUCUAUGUCAACUUAGCCUGUAUGCAUGUCUUACAAGGAGAUCUAGAGCAGGCAAGUCGGUAUGCAGCACAAGCUUUGGCGACUCUGCCUACCAGCCAAGAAGCUGCACUCAUGGCAGUUUAUUUAGACUUGAAGCUUGCCAAACCCCGAGAAGCUCUUGUGAAAUUGAAAUGUUGUUGCUGGGUUAAGUUCUUACCCUUCACGUCAAGAUCAAAAGCCGCUUCUUGAUCUGUAUUUGUUGGUUUUCUUCAUUUUCCCUCAUUUGCAUUAGUGAUACCCGCGGUUCCAGUUAUGAAAGGUAGGUAACCCAGUCCUUACAAAGUAUUUGUAACAUAAAUAUAGUUCGAUUCAGAGAAUAAAUUUUUUUCCCAUUUUUCCAUUUCUUCACUUGUUAAUUUUUCCUCCUAGAUUUACAUGUAGGGUUCGAGAGGAUGUUGUGUGGCUUGGCCAACAUUUUCGCUUUAGAUCAGUAGUGGAAUGCCUGCCAUAGUGCCAAUUAGAGUCUCUUAGGUAUGAGUUGUAGUUAUUGAAUUGUUGAUGCUUUUAGUGGCUACUCAUUUUUAUGUUAAUUGAGAAAUAGAGAAGGAGCAACAUGGAGCUCUUUUCAUACAA